AUGACUGAAGUUGUGGUGGAUGUGGCUCCUCGAAAUCUUGGAGAAGUGACAACCAGUCUGGAUCCUGACCUCAGGAAUGUGGAUUGGAAUCUAGAUGGCAGCCUUGGGAGUAGUAUCUCUGGUGAGGAUACAUGCCCAUUCCAGUGGUUACUCCAGCUGACUGUAGCAGAGAUCACCAAUGCUUGCUUUGAGCCUGCCAACCAGAUGGUAAAAUGUGACCCUCGCCAUGGUAAAUACAUGGCUUGCUGCCUGCUGUACCGUGGGGAUGUGGUGCCCAAAGAUGUCAAUGCCACCAUUGCUACCAUCAAGACAUAGCGAAGCAUCUAGUUAGUGGAUUGGUGCCCAACUGGCUUCAAGGUUGGUAUCAAUUACCAACCUCCCACUGUGGUUCCUGGUGGUGACCUGGCCAGGGUACAGAGGGCUGUGUGCAUGCUGAGGAACACUACAGCCAUUGCUGAGGCUUGGGCUCGCCUGGACCUCAAGUUUGAUCUGAUGUAUGCCAAGCGUGCCUUUGUUCUCUGGUAUGUGGGGGAGGACAUGGAGGAAGGAGAGUUCUCUGAGGCACGGGAGGAUAUGGCAGUAUAUCACUUCACAGGCUAAUGUUUGCAAAGAAUCACUCUUGGUUUGUUUGUUAUUGUUGUUGU